AUGAACGUUUGGAUUGCUGCUAGUGACGGCAGAACUUCUGUUGUAGAGAAAUUAUUACAGGAAAAUUAUCAGAGGGACGGUAACGUCAAGGAUCCCAACGGAUACACACCAGUGCAUGCGGCAGCUGCAUAUGGUCACAUAGAACUAUUGCGUAAACUGUGUCAAGAAUACGGUGGUAACAUUAAUGUUAAAGAUAGUGACGGUGAUACUCCAUUGCACCAUUGUGAAGAUGCUCAUACUGCUAAAGUGAUCCUUGAAGAACUGGGCGGUGAUAUCAGUCUGCAGAAUGAAGAGGGUAAAACUGCUCUACAAUCGGCUGAAGAGGAUGGAGAAUUCCCAGAAUUAAUCCAGUACCUGCGUAUCAAGAGUGGUAUCUCAGCAGAUGAAGGCUCUCUUGGCAUAGACGCUGAUCAGUGGGCUCAGUUUAAAGACAAUAUACGCUACACAAUGGAAUCUGAACCAGCUAGUGACGAUCCUGAAUCUAUGGCAAGAAGGCAGAGACUGGAGGAAAUCCUAAGUGGUGAUAAUCCUGAGGAAGAACUGCAGAGCUACAUAAGAGAAGUCAUACGGUCGCAGAAUGCAACCCAGGACGAUGCAGAGGCACCUGAUACCAAGCGUAGGAAAUGA